CGAGGAUCAGUUUCUUCGUUAAAUCGGUUGAGUUAAAAUCAUUAGUAAGAAAAAAUGUAUGCCAAGUAUCUUCUUGUAAUCAUAGCCAUUAUUGGAAAUACGGUAUCUGAAGUUCCUUCGUACAUUCAAAUCUGUGGUCAAAAGAAUCCGAAUUUCGAUGAUUGCGUCAUCAAAAGCAUUGAAAAUUUGAACAAGAAGCUUGUUGAGGGAAUUCCCGAAAUAAAUUUAUUGCCAAUAGAGCCGUUUUUGCUCGAUGAUAUAACGAUUAUCGACUUGCCUAACUUUAAGAUUGUUGGCACGAACGUGAAAUUGUAUCAAUUAUCGACAUUUCGUAUAGAAUAUUUGCACAUGGACCUCGAGAAAAUGGAAUUGGACAUAAAUUUUUAUUUCGAUAAAAAUGAAAUUAAUGUUGAUUAUAAUAUGACCAUGAAUAUUUUGGUCCCUAUACAGAAAAACGGACAAUUAACUUUGAAAGGGGAAAACAUAAAAUCAAAGGCGAAAUUGUUCUUGGAGAAAAUAGAACGCGAUGGCAAACAAUAUCUCUAUUUCAAAUCGAUAAAUCCAAAUCUGAAUAUCGGAAGCUUGUCUUUCGAAUUCGAUUCGGAUGUUUUCGACUUUUUGAAAGAAACGCUAAGUAAGAUUGAUAAUGAAGAGAUAUUAGAAAUCUUCACACCUAAUAUAGAAAAGGUCAUUUCAAAAAAUUCUCUUGAAUUAUGCAAUAAUUUCUGUAAACAUUUCACUUUUGAUGAAUUACUCCCCGAUAGAGAAUGAAGAACAUUGAUCGAUUUUAUUGCCAACAAUUUUCUGCAACGAUGUAUGUAUGAUGAUUUUUCAUUUUUUAACUCUUUUUUUCUUUUUUUAUUAAAAUAUUCUAUCAAAUAUUUUUUUCAAUUAUUUUAAGAUAUUUUUAAGAUAUAAUCGAAUAAUCGAAAUUGUAUACGUUUUUUGCCUUCUAACAUUAUAACUAACUGAUUUCGAGUAUAGAAUUCAACGAGUCAAGAAUCAAGAAAAAUAUAACAAUUUAAAAUAAUUGCAAAAAUAAAAAUAAUAUACAAUAAAAUUUAUAUUUGUAAAAAAUCUAAUAAUUUAAAUAUUUUAAAAAAUGGAAAAAUAUAUAAAUAAUU